AUGGGGCGCGCCGGCAACCUAAAGCUUCUCACCCUUGUUUCGACGACCGGCGGCUUCCUCUUUGGCUAUGACACCGGCGUCAUCUCGGGCGCACUCAUUUUCCUCCAAGAAGAUUUCCACCUUGACUCGUUCCAGUCGGAAGUCGUCGUGUCGGCCACCGUUUUUGGCGCGAUCCUCGGCGCCGCGGCCGGGAGCUGUGCCAACGACGCGUGGGGUCGCCGCCGUGUCAUUUUGAUCUCGGCCGUUCUCUUUGCUAUUGGCAGUGCGCUCAUGGGUUUCGCCCAAACCAACGUCGGUCUUGGCCUUGGUCUCUCGUCGCUGACAAUUCCGCUGUACAUUGCCGAAGUCUCGCCACCAG